AUGGAGACACUGAACAUCUUUGCAGUUGUGAAAAACCUCUUCCAACUGAAUAAUUUUACAGGGAAAGCAUAUUUCCAGUUCCUGAAAGGAAAAUUUUGUGUUUGUCCUUGGUUGGAUACACAGGAAGAGAAUUUCAAGAUAGAAGUGAAGCAGUAUAUUUGUGACCAGAACGCACAUAAAUACAAAGUUAUCUGUAGUUAUGCAUCACAUAAAUUCACGCAGCUUCGAAACCAGCUCAGAAAGAUGGUGUUCCACUCCACAAUGGACAUUCGUGGACUAUCCCUGGAAGGUCUGUGCAAUUAUUUGUACAGGCCUUUCACUCCACCUGGAGAAAGCCCAGUGGACCAGAAGAGGAUGAGGUUGACUGUAGCAAUUAGAGCAUUUCUAUUCAGUAAAAAAUUGGAAGAAUGCAGCAAGUUUUGGGUUGAAUUUAAAGAUUUCUAUGAUGCAAUCGGAAGAGAUGAAAGACCCAACAUAUGGGAACUCCUCCAAGAGAAGGAGGAGAGAAGAAUUAGGCGAUAUCGAGAGGAGCAGGAUAGAGAGAAAUGA